GGAUGUUUCAAUCACAAGGAGAACUGUAGUGUGUGUGUGUUUUGGGCGCAUUUUGUAUGCCUGACAUAUGAGCCUGUGACAAAAGCUCGCCCCCUAAAAUGAGUCGUGUCGCAACAUUAAUUUGAAUUGUUUUUUAAUUUGUUCUGCAGGAACGGUGUUGUGUGCAUAGUGGGAGUACUGAGCGCGCGUGCAAUGAUGAGAAAGCGUGAAUGACGAAAGAUCAUAAGUGACGAAAUUUUUCAGAAUGCGUGCAUGAAUGACGUAAAUCAGAGGUAUGACGAGGAGAAAAGAGAGGGGAAAAAAAGAGGUCAGACCGGUACGUCUGGGAAGAAUCCGUGAGUGAAAGCACAUUUCACUGCCGCAUACGCUCAUACACUUCAGAACAGCGGACUCAGUACUUACUGGAGUAUUCAAAAAGGUACCCGAAAUUUUUCCGGCUGUGGCUGGGACCAUUGAGACCUGUGAUUUUCUUGAACCAUCCGGACACAAUGAAGACGCUUCUUAAAAGAUCAGAGCCUAAAAGUCAUAUUUACAAGUUUACUUUUCCAUGGCUGGGAGAAGGUCUGCUGAAUGGUAAUGGGCCGAGGUGGUACAGAUCUCGCCGUCUGCUCACACCAGCCUUCCACUUCGACAUCCUGAAGCCAUACAACACCAUCAGCAACCGCGCUGCCGACGUGCUGUUGGACAAGAUGAGUGUCCAUGCUGUAGAGAAGCCCAGCAUGGACAUCUACAGCCACGUUAGUCUGUGCACACUUGAUGUCAUCCUACAAUGCGCCAUGUCCUACAAGGACGACAUUCAGCUAAAGGGAGAGUCUCAUCCAUAUGUACAGACAGUUAUGCAGCUGACAGACAUGUUCAGUGAAAGAGGGAGAAAUCCCUUGUUUGCGCUGGAUUUCAUCUACUUCCUGUCGAGCCACGGGAGAAAGUUCAAGGCACUUUGUGACUUUGCCCACAGUGUUGCUGAAAACGUCAUCAAAGCUCGCAAGGAGCGUUUGGAAAGAGAGGAACCACCCAAGAAAAGACACUUAGACUUCCUGGACAUCUUACUGACAGCGAGGGACGAGUCAGGACACGGCUUUACACCUCUAGAGCUUCGGAAUGAGGUCAACACAUUUAUGUUUGCAGGUCAUGACACAACUGCCUGUGCCAUUGCCUGGACUCUGUACUCGUUGGCCCAGCAUCCACAGUACCAGCAAAAGGUUCAGGAGGAACUAGACUGUCUGCUGGAAGGUCGCCAGUCGGACGACAUUGAAUGGGAGGACCUGCAGAAGCUGGAGUACCUGACCCAGGUUAUUAAGGAAGGCAUGCGCUUGCACAGCACUGUUCCCUUCAUCGACCGAACUCUGACCAAGCCAAUGACCAUCGAAGAUGUGACCUUGCCCGCUGGCACUUGGUGCCGUUUGAACAUCAUGGGUCUUCACCACUGUCCUUUGGUGUGGUCAGAUCCCGAGAUCUUCGACCCGGACAGGUUUCAUCCGGAUAACAUCAAGGAUAAGGAUGCAUAUACAUUUGUACCGUUUUCAGCAGGGCCAAGGAACUGCAUCGGACAACACUUCGCCCUAAACGAGCAGAAAGUGAUCAUUGGACGAAUACUAAGGAAAUUCACGCUGACUGUGGACCCCAACCACAAAGUACAGAGAAAGAUUGCAAUGGUCAUGAGGCCAGAGACGGGUCUGCGGCUGUUGUUGACUCCAAGGCCUGCAGCAGUCUGGCGUGACAGAAGUCGUGUGGUGUGACCGCAGCAUUGCAGCCUGAAUAAUCAGGAGACCCGAAAGGGAAUAGUGAAAGAGAAACCAAACUCACGAUGAUUUCAAGUACUUUCUAUGAUUAGAGGGAGCUUCAACUUUAUUUUUUUAAUUUCCUUUUUUUCCUGAUUAUAGAGAACUAGAAACAAAUUUAUCGUCUGUUUGCUGCUGAUGAAAAUACAAAUGAUUCAAAAGUGAUUAACUCCCCAUGGGGCUUUGAGGAACCGUGAAAAAUGGACAGAGCUGGUGGCGAGGUCACCGUUGGUCAACGAGCAUGAAAGUUAGGGGUCACAUGACAGUGAUUUGUCACUGGCCAC